AUGUUUCAGCUGACUGUUGUUGGAAAGCAGCCACGUGACCGCGCUGACUCUCUGUGGUUGAAGUGGGCCGGCCUAGGGCCACCAGGGGCCCUCCUCACUCACACAGGCGGUCUGCGCCUUUUAGGAGACGGCAGACCGUGUAACUUGAUCCUGAAUGAAAACUGUGCGCCUGACCCGGCAGCUAGUCCACAGUGUGUUCGUCAAAGUGAGAGAGAGCGGAGGUGCAUGAUGGACCCGGUCCCUCUGCUGCUCAUCUUAGUCUCAUCUCUGCCGCUCGGCUCCGCGGUCUACGACGGGCCCCUCCAACCGGAGAUCUCCAACGGCACCUUUCAUCACUUCUUCGUCCCGGAUGGGGAUUACGAGGAGAACGUGGACCCGGAGGAAUGCCAGAUGCUGUUUAAAUUCUCGGAUGUGUAUCCAUGCGGGGCCUAUGAGGAGCGGGACUCAGUGGUGCGGGACGACUUCAUCAUCUCCAAGUUACAGGCGGAAGAUGCGGCGCGGCUCCUAGAGGGCAUCGGCCGCACCGUGGCGCACGAUCUGGACGGUGAGGACAGCUACGGCAAGUUUCUCCAGAGGGAACUGUCCCAGAUCAGCGAGGCUUUCUCCAGUGUGGACAAGUCUCUGCAGGAGCUGGAGGUGAAGUUUAAACAAAGUCAGGAGACGGAGCUGAGAGAGGAACAGCAGCUGAACGGAUACGUGAUGAAGCAAGUGAGCGACAUUAGGAACGCCCUGAGGGGGACCACGGAGGUCUCUGUGGGACUAAAAGACAAACACGAGCUUCUGUCUCUCAUCAUCCGCAGCCAUGGCUCCAGACUGAGCCGCCUGAAGACAGAGUACCUACAUGUGGGUUCAUAG